AUGGUCCUGAUCUGGCUCCUGGUAUUCAGUCUGCUCCAUCCCAGCGGGCAGGCGGCGUGGGCCCUGGGCCUGACUCAACCAGGGCCCCCCAGGGAGGCGGAGACCUGGGCCCCAGAGGGCAGGCUCCGGAGAGAUGCCGGGGGCCGAGGCGGUGUCUAUGAGCACCUCGGCGGAGCGCCCCGGCGCAGGAAGCUCUACUGCGCCACCAAGUACCACCUGCAGAUCCCCCCCAACGGCCGGGUCGGCGGCAGCUUGGAGAACAGCGUCUACAGUAUCCUAGAAAUCACAGCAGUGGAGGUUGGAAUUGUGGCUAUAAAAGGGCUGUUUUCUGGGCGCUAUCUGGCAAUGAACAAACGGGGAAGACUUUAUGCCUCGGAGAACUACAACGCCGAGUGUGAGUUUGUGGAGCGGUUACACGAGCUGGGCUACAACACCUACGCCUCCCGCCUAUACAGAACAGCACCCAGUGGAGCUGGGGCCAGACGCAAAGCCAGUGCUGAGAGACUCUGGUACGUCUCUAUCAAUGGGAAAGGCCGACCCAGGAGGGGUUUUAAAACCCGCCGGACCCAGAAAUCUUCUCUCUUCUUACCCCGAGUUCUGGAUAGCAAAGACCAUGAGAUGGUUAGGCUCUUCCAUACCAGCAUCCCAUACAGGGAGAGCCUCCAGAAGCCAGCGGACAAGAGUGAGAGAAAGAGGAGGCAGGGACUCUCGGCGGUUCUGGAAGCUGACAGGGAGACAGCCCUGCCUGAGGUUCCCUCUGGAGCAGGCCAAGGGAUUCCCAACUGUUUGACAGAAGAGAUGAGAAUUGUGGAUGGGAAGGCCAAGAUGCAGUGGGAGUGUUUUGGGGGUCGCUGGGGGAUUUCAGUUUGGGAGGUGCGGGAGCACUUCAACCCAGUCAGCGUCUUCUCUCCCCUUCUGUGGAGCUCCUCCGAGGCCCCCCGAAACUCUGCUGGCACUCCGAGGGGGCAGUCCAGGGGUGGGGCCAGAUCUCAGCUCCGGCUGGGCUGGGGCAUCCCCGGAACUGGUUACAGGUUCUCAGCCCUAAGGGGAGAAGGGAGAGGGGAAAGGGGGCUCUUUGGCCCGGGCGCCCGUUCCUCUCCUCCGCUGCAAAAAGCACGCUGGCUCGCAGUUCAGGGAAUUGUUCUGAGCCCUGCAAAUGCGGGUCGCGUGGAGACGGGCAAAGCGGACAUUCCUCAGGCUGCCACAAAGUGGGACUUUGUGUCGGGGCGCAGAGCGCUGGGUGUUCUUGGAGCCCUCCCUGCGGGGGAGUAG